CAAGGACGUAAGUAGCAUUUACACAAAUUACCAAAUAAUUUUAUUUAUGUCUGAGCUGUAAACUGUUUUUUGAACUGAUCUUUAAUUUUCUUCUUUUAUGUGCUGCAGAUACUUUAGUACCUGUGGUCACAGUCCAGCUUGGGGAACCUGUGACUUUGAAAUGUGUUUUUACUGAGAAGUUUCAGGUUGUGACAUGGGUUCAUUGGUACAAGCAGAGUGCAGGAAAUACUCUGAAAUUAAUUGCAAUGCUGCGUACAAGUACACAGCCCACUUUUGGCCCGGGAUUUUCAGCAUCAGGAUACAAAAUAACAUAUAAUGGCAACGAAAGCGACUUGAUCAUUUUGUCAACAGUUGAACAAGAUGAGGGAAUGUAUCACUGUGCUUAUAUGGACUGGACUGAAUCUACUUGGACUGGGACUUAUUUGUCAUUCAAAGAAAACUCUCAGAGGACAUCGAGCUACACUGUUAUUCAGGACAUAACAGGUUCUGAUCCAGUUCGUCCAACAGACUCAGAGACUCUGCAGUGUUCAGUCCUCUCUGUCUCUGGGAACACAACCUGUUCAGAAGAACCCAGUGUGUUCUGGUUCAGAGCCAGAUCAGAUACAUUCCAUCCAGAUAUAAUCUACACUGAUGGAAAUUGUGAAAAGACAUCAAACAAUGAGAAGAAAUGUAGUUAUAAAGUCUCUAAUGUCAGCUCGUCCAAAGCUGACACUUAUUACUGUGCUGUGGCCACAUGUGGACAGAUAUUAUUUGGAAAUAGAACAAACCUGGUAAAGAGCAGUCAAGAUAAAACAUCAAGUACUGAAUGGAUUAUCUUGUUGAUCACAUUAAUCUGCUUGGCCAUUUCUGUGACCUUGAAUAUCAUUUUUAUUUGUUACCGAACUCAAAGAUCAGCCUGUGCUGUAUAUAGAGAAAGUUCCUCUUCUCAGCCAACACACAGAGAAUUUAGCAAACCACAAGAUGGAAUUGAAAAUGGACAAGAUCAGAAUUAUGCUGCCUUACAUUUUUCUGGAGGGAAACCACCAGGAGUAAAGAAGAAACGAGAACUGAAGACUGAAGAAAGUGUGUAUUCACAACUUAAAGGAUAGGUGUUAAUACCAUUGACUCUCGGCUGAUGUAGAACACUGACAUUGUGAAUUAUUUUAGUCCCAAAAGGUAUUUCAGCGGUCUAAGUUUCAGCUUAACUUUAAAGAAAUUCAGUAAAUGUUUUCCUACGUUUUGUGUUGUUCUGCAAUUAUGUCAGUUUUAAUUCUAGUAUUCAUUAGCUGUAAGUAAA